AUGGAUACACAUAAAAAACUUAUCGAUUUAAGAACUAUUAAAGCUCAUAUAAUUGGUAAAAGUCGAUUACGAUCUUUAUUAAAUAUGAUGCGUAAUUUUACACGAAAAUGGCAAAAAUAUUUGCCUUGGUAUUAUUCAAAAGAUCAACAACAUCAACAUAAAAUUAAUAUUGAUAAUAAUCAAUCACGAAUAUCUAUUCAACAAUUGCAACGUUGGUAUAAGAUAAUAUUUAGAAAAUUAUUUCAUUGUUUACCGAUUUGUUUUCUUAUUAUGCUUAUUGAAUGUAUAAUUAUUAUUUAUCAACUUCAUACAAAUCUUUGUAACAGAUUAUUGAAUAAAAGUCUAAUUAAAUUAUAUUUAACAUUAGAAAUUAUAUCUAGUAUAUUACUUCUAUUUGAUUAUAUUCAAUUAUACUAUUGGAUCUAUCAAAAUAAACAACGAAUAUUUCAUAUUUUAAUCCUUAUCUGGAUUAUUCUAUAUCCAUUUGCUAUUACAUGUCGUUUUCUAAGUUCUAUUAUUUAUUUAAUAAUGUUUAUAAUUGGAUCAUCAAAAAAUUUAUGUAUUACUUUUUAUAUUCUAAAAAGUUUAAGUUUAAUUGAAUGUAUUAUUUUAUGUUUAUUUCUUAUUGAACCUCUUCAAUUUUCAAUUGAUUAUAUGCUUAAUCGAUAUGUUAGUAUUAGUUAUGAUAUUGGAUUAGCAUAUAUUUCUUCUGAAGAACAAGCACUUAAAAUAAUACAUCGAUUAACUGAUAAUGAAAUUAUUCGUAUUCGUCUACGUGAACUUUCACUUCAACAUAUAAAAAAUGUUUUAAAUGAUGUACUUAUAAUGCAAGAAGAUCAUCCGGGUACUGUUAUUAGUAUAAAAACACAUCAUACUCUCAAUCUUUUAUACAAUACGGCUAAACAAGGUAUAACUCAAAUACGUUCUCGAGGAGUACUUGAUAAUGAUGAUUGUAAUUUACUUGAACAAUCAUUAAAAAAUAUACAUGUUUAUCUUCAUAUUCCAUCUACUAUGCCACCUGCUUCACCUAUAAUGGCAAUUCAUAAUUUAGCAUGGCUUUUUUCCAAUGAACAAUUAACUAAUCAACAAAUACAUGAAAUUGAAGAAAAAAUUCUUCAAGCUUUACCUAAUGAAAAUGCAAAACGUUUUGCAAAUGAAUCAUUAUUACAUCCACAAACAGUUUCUUGGCAAGAUUUUUUAUGGCAUAAAAAUGAUAAAAUUCAUGGUGUUUAUUUAUUAGUUAAUGGUAUUAUUGAAGAAUGGAAACUUGAUCCAUAUGAUAUUGAUGCAUAUCAUUAUGAAAUACGUUCAAAAGAAAUUAAUCAUACAAGACAAUUACCUUUAACAACACAACAAAUAUCAAGUCCAAAUAAUUUUAAACAUGUACAUUAUUCAUCAGAAUAUCAACAAUCUAUUUCAAAAAAUACAAAAGAUUUGAAGGUUUCAUUAGUAAAAGAAAAUGAUAAAAAUAAAUCAGAUCAAAAUCGUAGAUCGAUCUCAAUACCAAAUGAAAAUAUUGAACAAUCAUUAACAUCAAACAUGAAUGAAGUUUUUUCCGAUGCAUUGUCGCAAGUAGAAUCAACAGCUUCUAGAGAAACUGAUUCUCUUGUUGACGUUCAAUCAAUAAAUACAUUUGAAAAAGACACAAAACUUAUUAAUAUGGAUACUACAUUGUACAAUGAACCAUCACAUUAUGAUCAUUUGAAAUCAACAACAGGCGUUCGUACUGCAUUUGAAGAUGGUUUCUAUAUGAGAUGGCAUCAUUUAAUAACAACUCCAAUGAGUGAUAAAUUCCAAGAUAAUUCAACAAUAGUUGAUGAUGAUAUUCAUCAAUAUUAUCAUCAUACACAAUUUGAAGAAAAUUUCGAUGAACUUUUCAAUGAAACCUUUGAUAAAUAUCGUCAAAUGCAUCCAGCUACUUCUGAACGAAUACAUCGUCGUUAUUCUUAUAGUUCAGGUGAUUGUAUUGGUCUCUAUGACUUUCUUAUUAGUAAUGGAGAAAAACAUGAAUCAACUGCAAAAUGUUUAACUAAUGUUACUGUCUUUUUUAUUUCGAAAGAAAAAUUAUUUGAAAUUUUAAAUACAUAUUCAUUAUGGGAUGCUCUAUGGCUUGAAAUAGGCAUACAAUUGGCUCUACGUAUUUUGCCGGACAUCCGAGCUUUUCAACAUUCAUCAAUAAAAUCAAAUAACAAUCGUCCACUAGCGAAUUUUACUUUAAUUGAUAAUCGAUUAUUAAAUUCGGGUUUACUUAUAUAUAAUGAUAUGACGUGUACUUCAGACGAUGUUAUUCAUAUACAUGAAGAUCUUCUUCUUAUUGCUGGUUCUGUUCGUAAUCAGAUUAGUAAAUGUGUCUACGAAGCACCGAUAUUUAUAAAACGUUCUCUAAGUAAACAAGGUUUAAAAUUACUUGAAGGUCGUUCAAUUACUAAAAUUCUCGUUUUACCAAAAGCAACAACAACAAUGAAUACGAAUAAUCUUUUUACGGACAUUUCAUUAAUACAUCAUAUACUUGAUGUUGAAACAAAACGAGAUUUCAGUCAAAGAUCAAAUUAUUCCGAACAGUUUAAGAAAAGUCAGAUGAAGAUAUUAGAAAAUAUCAAAUGUAAUGAUCGAACUUGUUCGAAAAAUAUGAUAAAUGAACCAUGUCAAAUUAAUGAUAAUAAUCGAUAUCCUCAGACAAAUAUAAAUAUCGAUAAAUCACUGUUAGCUACUGAUAAUAAAUUUUGA